AUGGAAAAAACAUUAAAUUAUCAUCAUAAAAAAAAUGGUUCUGGAAGUGCAUUGACAUCGGGAUCAUUAUUAUUAUUACACCAAUUACCAAUUCUACAUUCAAACGAACAACAAAAUUCAUCUUCAUCAUCACCAAGAAACGCCUCAUCAUCUUCACCCAGAAAUAAUCAAUCCCCAAGAAAUAAUCACUCACCAAGAAAUAAUCAAUCAUCACCAAGAAAUAAUCAAUCGUCACCAAGAAACAAUCAACCAUCACCAAGAAAUAAUAUAUCGCCAAGAAAUUCACCCCCACCAACCACAAGAGGUAGAAGAUCCUCUUCAUUGUUAAGAUACAGUAAGUCAAUGUCAGAGUUAAUCAAAACAUUACAACAAAAUGAAAUCUAUACAUUGAAACAAAUUUUUAAAAAUCAUUUCAUGAUUUUAAAACAGGCUGAUAGAUGUUAUAGAUUAUGUUUAGUACCAAUUUUACCAACUGAAAGAAUUGGAUUAAAUUCAUACACCACAUCACUUUUAGAGAAUGAAAAUUUCGAAGAUUAUUGCACAGUUUCAAAGUUACCACCAAUUUUUUUAACAUUUAAAUUAAAUGAUACAUAUCCACUAUAUUCAUCGGUCGAAUCGUUUAAAUUAGAUUGUGAUUGGUUAGGCGAAAGAUGCUUGUCGAUUCUUUCAAAUCAAUUGGUAUCGAUUUGGAAUGCUCAUAAAAACUUUCCAAUCAUUUCAAAUUGGGCAAACUGGCUUAGAGAGGAGUCUUUAUUCUUUUUAAAUCUAAUUACAAUCCGUACCACUACCACCAUAAUAACCAAACAAAUCUUUAACCCAACUGAUAACUCUGCCACCACAACCACCACAACCACCAAUUUAACCACAUCACCAUCAACCUCAUCCCAAUCCAAUACCAUUACCAAUAAAUCCAAUUUAUUAUCGAGUAAAUAUGAAGAAGCGAUAGUUCAUACUCAUUAUAGUUUAACAUUACCACCAAUGGAUUUAAAUGACGAAAUUAAUUAUGAUCCAAUUGCAUAUUUAGUAAGUUACGAUAUUGAAAAUGAUGUACCAACUAAAGUUUGUUCAUCUUGUAAUUAUUAUAAUGGAAAUGAAGAAUAUUUCACUAUUUUUAAUUGUAACCAUUAUUACUGUAAAGAAUGUUUAGCCGCCUACAUCACCUUAAACGUCGAAGGUGAUACAUUAGAAAACCUAGUUUGUCCAGAAUGUCAAGAAACCCCAGUAUCCUUUGAUAUUAAAGAAUUGGUUAGCUCUCAUACAUACGAAGUAUACAAACAAAGAUUAUCUGAAAAUUUUUGUGAACAUUGCGAUCAAGUUUUAAAAAUUUUAAAUUCAAAUAAUAUUGGCUCUAAUCAUAGCUCAAGUUGCACAAACAAAAUAAACAAUAAUGAUAAUGAAGAAAAUAAUACCAACCACACAUAUAUUAAUAAUUAA